AUGGCGCCCGCGCAGCGCCCGCUGCUGCCGCUGCUGCUGCUGCUGUUGCCGCUGCCGCCGCCGCCCUUCGCGCACGGCGAGGACGCCGCCCGCGCCAACUCGGACCGCUACGCCGUCUACUGGAACCGCAGCAACCCCAGGUUCCACGCGGGCGCGGCAGACGACGGCGGCGGCUACACCGUGGAGGUGAGCAUCAACGACUACCUGGACAUUUACUGCCCGCACUACGGGGCGCCGCUGCCGCCGGCCGAGCGCAUGGAGCACUAUGUGCUGUACAUGGUCAACGGCGAAGGCCACGCCUCCUGCGACCACAGGCAGCGCGGCUUCAAGCGCUGGGAGUGCAACCGGCCCGCGGCGCCCGGGGGCCCGCUCAAGUUCUCCGAGAAGUUCCAGCUCUUCACGCCCUUCUCUCUGGGCUUCGAGUUCCGCCCAGGCCACGAGUACUACUACAUCUCUGCCACACCGCCCAAUGCUGUGGACCGACCCUGCCUGAGACUGAAGGUUUAUGUGAGGCCAACCAAUGAGACCCUGUAUGAGGCCCCUGAGCCCAUCUUCACCAGCAAUAACUCCUGCAGUGGCCUGGGCAGCUGCCAGCUCUUCCUCAGCACUGUCCCCGUGCUGUGGACCCUCUUGGGCUCCUAGCCUGCCACAGGACAUCAGCUCCACCUUGACGGCCCGCCUCUGAGACCAAAUAGAGACGCCGUUCCUCCUACCACUGGUGCUGCUCUGGCAAGCGGGACUGUCCACACGUCCCAGGCUGGCUGGGGCAGGGGCAGCUGAGGCCCCCCCAACCCGCGCCUGAGAGGCUGGUUGUCCGCCCAGCUCAUGGCCACGCUGUCUUGUCUGGAGGCCCUGGUGAACCCGGGGACCUCUUGGCAAUGUUGGAUUUUUGUUUUGUUUUGUUUUUAGUGUAUUUUUCAUGGUUGGGUCGGAAAGACUUGAGUUUCUAAUUUAAUUUA